AUGCGCAUCCCAACUUUAAGUACUUCAUUAACUGGGCGCGACAUUGUGCCCGAGCACGAACAGGAUAUUUUCUUUACUAGCCUCGGCUUGGCCGUCCUCGAUGAGAUUCGGGUCCCCGGCCAGGAACCGCUGAGAAACAUACUAGGUGGCUCAGGGACAUAUGCAACGCUCGGUGCGCGAUUGUUUCUUCCCGGGUCACUCAGUCCCAACUUGGGUUGGAUGAUCCGCGUUGGAAAUGACUUUCCGAUACCUGUCGAAGAAGCUCUGUGGAGCUGGAAUCCAACUUUGGUUAUUCAAAAAGAGCCGGGUAGCGCCUCCACGAGGGGCUUACUUGAGUAUCGAGAUACUACCUUUGGACCAAAGGACUUCAAGUACACAACCCCGGUCCUCGGAGUCCAAGAUAGCAGUUUAGAGGGAACAGCACUUCUGAGGUCAAAGGCAUACCACUAUUUAGCCUCGCCCCAGGACAUCAAAACACGGAUAGCAAAUCUCUACGCUAUGAGACAGAAGGAGGCUAUAUCUGAUCGUCCUUUGAUAAUAUGGGAACCGUCUCCUCUGUUUUGCAACCCGAACGAUCUCCAGGAAUGCCUAGAGGCUGCAUCAAUCGUUGAUGUGUUCUCUCCAAAUCACAUAGAGCUGGCCAGAUUAUUCUCAGUGUCGCUUUCUGCUGAAUCAGUCCGAAGAAACAUGGAAGAUCUUGCAGCGCGGGUCCUAGAGCGAGGAGUUGGACCAGACAGCCAAGGCGUUGUGAUCAUUCGGGCUGGUGAGCAUGGGUGCUAUGUCAGUGCACGUGGUCUUUCUCCCAAAUGGCUCCCUCCGUAUUAUGGACCUGGCUCAGGGGAACUGAAUGUCUCGAAGGUAGUUGAUCCGACUGGGGCGGGAAAUACCUUCCUGGGGGCGUACGCUAUAGGGUAUGUCAAGACGGGCAACGUCAUUGAUGCAGCUUGCUACGGCUCAGUUGGGGCAUCGUUCGCCAUAGAGCAAGUGGGUAUACCGGAGAUCAAAGGUGAACAUGGCAGAGAGGUGUGGAACGGGAUUAGCGUUUACUCAAGAUUGCAUGAAUACAUGUCUAGGAUCAUUUAG